AAUCAUAGUGUCUCCAUUUGGUUAUAAUCCAAAUGCAUUUAUAUUACUAUUAUUAUAAAGUGCCAGGAACACAGGCAGCCACUCGCAAACACGUUAAAUAGACAAGAGACUAAAUUGUGCCCUUGGUUACACUUGCACAUCUCCAGUGCGAGGCUGUUCAGUGCAGAGCAGGCUCCCCAGGGCAGCUGUCUGAGGAGCCCUGCCAUCAUUCCAGCAAAGCUCGGGGACAAUGCAGCACACGGUGAGAGGAAAUGAAGAGUCCCUGACUUCGGAUUUGAUGGCCUGCCCUGGGCAGCGCCUCACAAACCCGUUCUCUUUUGUCCCUCUUUCCAUGGGUAGCCCCAGUCUCAGAGCAAACUGACAGCGUCCUGUCAGAGCAGUCAGGAGAGGGAUGUGCUCUCCUCUCUGCCAUCCUCUGGCUUUAACCACUCUCCUCUCUGCCAUCCUCCUGCUUUCACCACUCUCCUCUCUGCCAUCCUCCUGCUUUAACCACUCUCCUCUCUGCCAUCCUCCUGCUUUCACCACUCUCCUCUCUGCCAUCCUCCUGCUUUAACCACUCUCCUCUCUGCCAUCCUCCUGCUUUAACCACUCUCCUCUCUGCCAUCCUCCUGCUUUAACCACUCUCCUCUCUGUCGUCCUCUGGCUUUAACCACAUUAUUGCUCGUGAUCUUUACACUGCAGCUUCUACCAGGAGCCAUUCUGACUUAAAUCCCUCCAAGUGGAUGUGUCCUGUUCCUCUAAAAUUCUCAUUGAACAUCCCUGUGGGUUGGAAAGGAAUCUUCUGGAGCUGCAUGGACGAGCUGUGCAGGACUAGAGGAAGCAGUGCUGGGAGAUGCAGGUUGGAGGCAUUGCUCCAGGCAAGGCUGCUUUGUGCUGGCAUCUAAAGCUGCAGCAGAGGUCAUGAAAGCAGCCUCUGGGUUGUUCCUCUUGCCAGGAAGGUGGAGAGUGAGGUCUUCAGUGAGGAGUGAAAUUAAAUUUGUUAGUGAUUAAAAGGACAAGAGAGAUGUGUUGGAAACAAGAAUGCCAGUGAGGCCUCUCGGCUGCUCCCCUAAGCCAGUUGCAGUCUCAGUGGAGCAGCAGCUUCUCAGUCCCUCAGACUGCAGUAAUCGGGUGUGGAGCUGAUGGGAGCAUGAGUCACCACUGCAUCUUCUCAUCAGUGGAGGCCAAGUUUUCAAAAUAUUUUUAGAUGCAUUUCCACAGAGAUUUCUGCCAGCCAGUGACCUACAGAGUGACAAGAAGAUGAGCAGUAGCUGCUGCUGAAUCAGGCUUUGCUCUGUGCCAUGCACCCUUCUGGCCACAGUCAGGGGCAGGGAGGGCAGGUAAAUCAAAGGAAUUAUUUGGAGUUAUCAUGCAGAAAAGAGGCCUGCUGAGCUGAUAGGAACACCUGGAUCUGUUAAGCAGUGAAAUAACCUGUGAAUUCUUAGGCUGCCUGGUGGGUUCAGAUGAACUUUGGCUGUGUUGCUAGCCCCAGGCAGAAGCAGGUUGGAGAUUAGGAGCUGGCAGUGACCCGUGCUCCGAGGGACAGCCCAGGGAAGAGGCCGUGCAUCUCCUGAGGAUCCUGAGCACCCACUCCAAACUGCUCCUGGCACAACCAUUUGACACCCAGCUUCUCCCAGUUAGCUGCCCUAACUGAACCUGGUGUCAUCACCAGGAUGAUGCUCUCAUCUGGUCUCCAGGCUCUCCUAGAGACCCUGUCCUGUAGCCAAGAAAGCAGGGCAGCUCUCCAAGCUGAUGCUUGAGGAAGCAGAAAUCAGCUUUUUGUGCUGCACUUCCCUGUGCCGCAGGCCCUGCACACCCUCGUCCCACAAGCAGAGGGGGAGCUGUGGGGUCCGGCUCUUGACUUCUGAUGAUGAGGAAGGCAUGACCCGCGUCGUGGGUGGCACCAGUGCCGAGGCAGGGGCCUGGCCCUGGCUGGUCAGCAUCCAGGACCCCUCAGUGGCAGGCACGGGGCAUCUGUGUGGAGGGUCCCUCAUCAGCGUGCAGUGGGUCCUCACAGCAGCCCACUGCUUUGCCGACAGCAGGAACAUCAGCGCCAUGCGCCUGCUGAUCGGGGCCACGCAGCUGAGCGAGCCGGGCCCCGGCGCCGAGGUGCGCCUCAUCAAGCGGCUGCUGCUGCACCAGGAGUACGGCCCCGCCGACCAGAGCAACGACAUCGCGCUGCUGGAGCUCAACGAGCCCGUGCAGUGCGGGCCCUACAUCCAGCUGGCCUGCGUGCCCGACGGCGCGCUGGCCGUGGAGCUGCUGGACACCUGCUACGUCGCUGGCUGGGGGGCCACCACUGCGAGAUCUCAAAGAUCAAGUGAUGUCCUGCAGGAGGCCAAGGUCCACCUUAUCAAUGUCCAGUUGUGCAACAGCAGCCACUGGUACGACGGGGACAUCCACUCACACAACCUGUGUGCUGGCUACCCGGAGGGUGGCAUCGACACCUGCCAGGGUGACAGUGGGGGUCCACUCAUGUGCAAAGACAACGGCGCUGACUUCUUCUGGGUUGUUGGAGUGACCAGCUGGGGAAGAGGCUGCGCCAGAGCACAACGGCCUGGAAUAUACACCUCUGUUCAGGACUUCUAUGACUGGAUCCUGGUCCAGAUGGAGCUGCCUCCAUCCGUAGAGGCAUCUCGGGCAUGGGGUCAUUAUACAACCGCCUCACAGCCCUGGACUCAUCAUACCAACGCCCCAUGGCCAAGACCACCCCCCACUCAGAAGCCGUGGCCAAGACCACCCCCUACUCAGAAUCCGUGGCCAAGACCACCCCCCAGUCAGAACCCGCGGCCGACAACACUCCCUGCUCCUAGGCCAUGGCCAACAACACGGCCCACUCAGAGGCCAUGGCCAACAACACGGCCCACUCAGAUGCCAUGGCAAACAACACUCCCUGCUCCUAGGCCAUGGCCAACAACACGGCCCACUCAGAGGCCAUGGACACAACCAACUCCCACUCAGAGGCCAAGUUCGAUACCAGCACCAGCGGAGGGGAAUCAGAACUGCCCGUUUCCACUCAAGAAGCUGAUAGAAUUCUUCUCUCGGAUCCGGGAGCUCCUGAAGGGCCUACAGGGAGUUACAGUUUGAGCAGGAGAAUGGACAGGAUGCAGUGCAGGUUGCAUGGGACGAUGACUGUUUCCUGCUGAGGCAAUGCCUGCUGAUCCAAAGGCCGCCUCAGUGCCAAAGGCCUGCUCUGUCCUGCCCACGGUGCUCCUCUGCAUGUAUGCAAACGCUAAUAUUGACUUAGUUGCUGUAAUAAAGUUGCCUAUGUUUGUGGUUAA